GGGAGAGUGGCAGCAGGCUGCGAGGAGCAGCAGUCGCCGCGGCUUUUGUCGUGCGUGCGGAGAUGUGAGGGAUCCGCGCACUGGUGGAUAGCGUUCACUGGUGGACGACGAAGUCGGCGGGCACCGACGUACGGCCUUAAAACCGUCCGUUGAGGAGCCCUCAGGAAGGUAACAUAAUCGUAAAAAAAUCAUACAACAUCGUCGGUAUGACGGAUCUGACAACUCGGGCGUCGUAGAUCUUCUUCCUCGUCUCUCUCGUCACCGCGAGCGCGAGCGCGCGCCGUCCCAGCCUCCCAGUUCUCGUUCUCGGCGGGCCUUUUGCCCGACAUGGCGGGCUUUCAUGACAGGGACAGGGCCCUCUUCCCGAUCCGGAGCAUCUCCGCGAUCGUGCAGAUCUUCAAGAAUCAGUUGGAGAACAGCGCCGAGCCGGAUCUCGCGCUGCUCUCGAUCCUCGUCGGCGCGGUCGAGAACUCGCUGACGUGCAAUCACAGCUCCGGUGAGCAGGAGAACGCCGUCUACGACGAGCCGAUGCUGCCGGCUGUCGAGUAUCACAUCGCCGAGGCGCUCUAUACGAAAUUUCACGCGGUCAUCAAGGGCGCCGUCGAUCUCACCGUAUAUGACACCAAAUACGCCACCAGGGAGCUCGUCAAGAAGGUCUCGGACGUGAUCUGGAACUCGCUUACCAGGAGUUACUACAAGGACCGAGCACAUCUGCAGAGCCUUUACAGUUAUUUGACAGCUAACAAGCUGGACUGCUACGGAGUGGCUUUUGCAGUGGUGGCUGGCUGUCAGGUCUUAGGAUUCAAGGACGUGCAUCUUGCCAUGUCGGAGGAUCACGCGUGGGUCGUCUACGGAGAGGAUGGAACGGAGACCGCAGAGGUCACAUGGCAUGGUAAGGGAAAUGAGGACAAACGUGGACAACCAGUGGAACCUGGAGUAGCAUCUCGAUCGUGGUUAUAUUUAAAUGGUCAAGCGAUGGUGUGCAAUCGUGCUCUAGAGGUGGCUACUAUAGUAUCAGCCAUUAAUCCUAGUAUGAGCGCAACUACUGACGUUGCCGAAGUGGCACUAGUCCAGCAGGAACUAUUGUGGUUGCUGUAUGACUUGGGACAUUUAGCUAAAUAUCCCAUGGCAUUGGGUAAUCUCGCUGAACUGGAGGAGGCUGCACCAACACCAGGAAGGCCACCUCCUAUAGAUGUCUUUCAGGAAGCUGUAAGGUCAGCGAGAAAGUUCUAUGGUAACGCGCAUGUCUAUCCUUAUACCUACUUAGGAGGAUACCUGUAUCGGCACAGAUUGCAUGUGAAUGCAUUUGCAUCAUGGGCCGAUGCCGCCGAUGUUUUGCGAAAAUACGAUUACUCGCGGGACGACGGAGAGAUAUACAAAGAGCUGCUAGAGAUUGCCAACGAACUGAUACCAUACGCGGUGCGUGUCGACGAGCGCCUGCUGCGACAACCACGUUGCUUCGCGUAUCUGCUGAGAUUCUACGACGGUAUUUGCCAGUGGGAGGAGGGUGCCAACACUCCCGUGUUGCACAUAGGUUGGGCUCGGCCGUUGGUAAACACAAUCUCCAAAUUCGACGCCAGUAUACGCGCUCAGGUAGUAAUAGAGUGUUACGAAACGGAGACGAAGCAGAAGGAGGAAUCGCAGAAGAAGGAGACGAGUCCGGAGGAGACGCUGAACAACAACAACAACAAUUAUUGCAAGACCAAGGAACGUGGGAACGCGGCGCGAGAUCUAAUCAAGAGUCUAGAGUCGAAAGUGCCCUCCAACUCGACGUCGACGCAUCCCAGUAUUCAAGCUCUGACUGCGGCCUGCAGCGAGAAGAUACUUAACAGAGAUUACCUGCUGCAGGGCGGAGGCGAGCCAUUCGUGGCGCCGCCGGACGAUACUUUACCACCAGCACCUUCCACUUCCCAGGAGAAUGUCGAGCCCGAAGUGGAGACGGACUCUGAGAACGAGAAGCCGAAGAUAACGCUGUACAGUCAGAAGAUGAAGGGUCUCAAGGAUCUGUUGCUGGCGGAAAAGCUCAACACCCACGCGAUCUCGUUGCAACUGACGGCGCAGAGUCAGGUACAAAUCGGUAAGAAGUCGCGAGGCAGCGACGACGUGGGAGUUAGUCAGCGUCCGAAGAGGACGCGCCGUGAAUAGUAUAAGAUCUUCGACCGACGUUUCGGUAUAGUGAAAUAUUGAAAGUGCCACCACACACACAAACAUAUAUUGUACACACACACAUACAUUAAUAGCGGAAAUUAAGUCUCCGCUCUCGGCGAGCUCUCGAGCAGAUUGCGAGAUGCGCAAUGGCCGGCCAUCCAACGCAGUUCGCGCAAAACAGUCAUUAAGGUAUAUAACUAUGUAUAUAUACUGACUCUCCUCGCUCUCGGUGUUCCUCGUUGAUAUCUCCGGGACGCGGAUCGUCCCUCGGGCUCCUUCGGAAUCUCGACUAGCUCUCGAGAGUGUCGUGAUGAAUUUCGUGCCGUUUGAUUUGAACGAAGCCCUCUCGUUUUUGCAACGACGUCGCGAAUAAGUCGCGAGGCAACGUUUACGUUACCGUUUUUUCGGGGAUAUAUCGCCGUUAGAUAUAUACAUAUAUAUAUUAUAGCGUGUAAAGUAGGCACGGAGAAAAAAUUUGUAGAAAAGUACAAAAAAGUUUUCCCCGCUUUUAAGUUUAUGAACGGACGAGAUUGCGCGGAGCUAUCUCGCGAUCGUCAACGAUUCGAGUAAAUUUGUAAAUAUCUCUCUUGAUUCUUCCACAGCGUGUAGAGCUAGAACUUGCAGUGUAAAGUGGGGGAAGAAGGUGGGCAAAAGAAUCGAAUAUUGUACCUAAUCUGUCUCCGCGGGUAAAUCAAUCUUUUGGAGCACAGUUAUUUAUUCUACGAAUUAUACAUAUAUAUUAUAUAAA